AUGUUUGGGAAGGAGUUCGUGGAGAAACGUCAAGGUAUAUCUGUUCAGAGUGACUGGUGGUGGGAGCGGGUUGUGUUGGCAGUGUGGGGGCUGGUGACAGUGGUGUUGACGCAGAGCUACGCAGGCAACCUCAUGGCACUCUUGGCUGUCACAAACAUCCCUCAACCCUUCCAGUCCCUCCACGACAUUGUGGACGACCACUCUGUAACUUUGCUGGUUCAGAGUGGUGCUGCAAAAACAGUAUAUAUUACUACUGCGAAGGUUGGAAUAUUGCGAGAUGUCGCAGAUCUACAACAAAAGAAUCGUCUAAAAUUUAUCAAGACGUCAGAGUUCGUUCGGAGUAUCAACACACUUGUAAGGAAUGGUCAUUACUUACUCAUAUCAGAAGAAGUUCUGGAAAGAGCUGUAAUGGCCCGAGACUUCUCUCGUAAAGGUCAGUGUGACUUUUACUUGGGCCGGGAGGGGUUCCUGCCGCUUAUGUACUCUUUAGCUUUCUCUAAGGGCAACUGUCUCGUGCCCGUCUUCAGCAAAAGGAUCACGAUGAUGCUUGAAUCCGGACUGUACAAUCAUUGGGUAAAAACCACAAUACCAAACUUUACUGCCUGUGACAACCUUCCAACCAAGAUAGUAAUCCAGGCUUCACUGUCAGUUGCUGACAUAUGGGGAAUGUUCUUCCUGUUGGCUUGCGGCCUCGCUCUCAGUCUGUUCGUCCUGUGCCUGGAGCUCCUGUAUAACCAUGUUCAUCAGUGACACAAGAAUGUUCAUCUUGUGCUGGAGCACCUGUAUAACCAUGUUCACCGGUGACACAAGAAUGUUCAUCUUGUGCCUGGAGCACCUGUAUAACCAUGUUCACCGGUGACACAAGAAUGUUCAUCUUGUGCCUGGAGCACCUGUAUAACCAUGUUCACCGGUGACACAAGAAUGUUUAACUUGUGCCUGGAGCUCCUGUAUAACCAUGUUCACCAGUGACACAAGAAUGUUCAUCUUGUGCCUGGGGCUCCUGUAUAACCAUGUUCACCAGUGACACAAGAAUGUUCAUCUUGUGCCUGGAGCUCCUGUAUAACCAUGUUCACCAGUGACACAAGAAUGUUCAUCUUGUGCCUGGGGCUCCUGUAUAACCAUGUUCACCAGUGACACAAGAAUGUUCAUCUUGUGCCUGGAGCUCCUGUAUAACCAUGUUCACCAGCGGCAAAAGAAUGCUCGUACAGGAGCUCCUGUACCUUGAGCUCCUGUAUAACCAUGCU